AUGGCGCUGCCUCCUAAGCUCUACACGUGGCUUUGCGGCUGUUUUGCAGCCCUAGGUUCGAUCCUCUUUGGUUACGAUCUUGGUGUCAUUGCUGGUGUCAUCGUUGCGCCCGACUUCCUGCGCGUCACCAACCACCCAAGCUCGGACUAUGUCGGUUUCAUCGUCAGCUCCAUGUUGCUCGGUGCUUUGGUUGGUUGCAUCCCAGCUUCCCUCAUCGCCGACGCCUUUUCACGCCGUUUCGCCAUCAUGGUGGGUGCCAUUGUGUUCAUCGUCGGCGGUGUCCUUCAAACGGCUGCCCAGAACCAAGCCAUGAUGAUGGCCGGUCGAUUCUUUGCUGGCGUCGGCAUCGGCAUGCUUUCGCUGCUCGCACCUUUGUACCAGUCCGAGAUCGCCCAUCCCUCCAUCCGCGGCCGGCUCACCACUCUCCAGCAGUUCUUCCUGGGUAUCGGCGUCCUCAUUGCCAGUUUCGUCGUUUACGGUUCCAACUUGCACCACCAUAACACCGUCUUCGAGUGGCGUUUCCCCUUGGGUCUCCAGAUCGUCCCGGCCGUUCCUCUCGCAUUUUUGAUCAUGCUCUUCCCCGAAUCGCCUCGAUGGCUCAUGUCUAAAGGCCGCGAAGAGGAGGCUCUGCGAUCUCUCGCCCGCCUCCACGCGCGAGGCGACACCACCGAUGUCUUUGUUCGCGCCGAACUCGCCGAGAUCAAGGCCAAGCUGGCUGAAGAGAAAGGUACUGCAAGUGGCUGGUCCGAGAUCUUCAACAGCUCUCAAAACAUCCGAAAGGUGGCAAUCGGUGUCGUCCUGCAAUUCUCAGUCCAGAUUACGGGCGUUUCUGCGAUUCAGUACUACGCUCCCGAGAUCUUUGGCGCUUUCCGCUACUCGAACUCCAAGAUCUUCUUGCUUCAGAGCAUCAACUCGAUCAUUGCUCUCGUCGGCGAAGGAUGCUGCAUCCUGUUUGUCGACAAGCUGGGUCGAAGAUGGCCUCUCAUUCUCGGCAACGCUAUGGCUGGCGCUUGCUUUGUCGUUGCCACAGCUCUUCAAGCCGUCUUCCCCGCCGACGGUCCGCGCUUCAAUUCCCAUGCUGGUGUUGCCUUCAUCGCCAUGAUCUGGAUCUUUAACUUUACAUUCUCGGCGGCGAUUGGUCCACUUUCCUGGGCGGUACCGGUCGAGCUGAUGGGGACUUCGAUCCGCGCAAAAGGCACGGCUUUGACCAGCAUCAGCUGCUGGCUUGCCAACUUCAUGAUUGGCCAGGUAACGCCCAAGGCGUUGGAGAGCGUGGGUUGGAAGUACUACAUUCUCUUUGCCGUUGGAGGCUUCACCAACGCCAUUACCUUCUGGCUUAUCCUUCCCGAGACCAAGGGUCGAACGCUCGAGGAGAUGGACGCCUUCAUUGAGAGCACCCCGUGGAUCGUUGCUUUCCACAACACCAGCCUCAGUUCAAACAAGGAGCGUGAGGAGCAGCUUCGAAGAGGCAUCACUACCGUUGCUCAACCCGACAUCUACCAGACAGGAAGUCCCGACGAGAAGCUCGACCGACUCAAGACCAGCAGCCGCGAACACGACCUCGAGAAGCACUAA